AUGAACUUCGUACCCCAAGAGUCGCAAGGCGAUCAAGAGGAAUACAUCCAAUACCUCAAGGCCCUGGUGUAUGAGCUUGUAAAGCAUCAUUCGCAAGAUCAUGAAAAUUGCCAGUUCCUCCCAUCAGCACGGUUGCCAACCAAUCGGACAGCGCUGGUCGCGACACAAUCAGAUCCACUUCCCAGAACCUCAAAACGCCCCCAAAAACGAGGAUUCGCUAACGAGGAUGAAUCGUCAGAAGGACUCAGAUUCAUAUCCUGGCAACCAUCAAAUCAACCUCCCAAGCCCCGCGACACUGGCACUAAUUCAUGGAUGCCACUGGCCAAAAAGCUAGUUGAUAUUACUCCUUUAGCCGCAGAUUGGUGGAAGAAGGCUGAAUUUUUCAAUCUUGAAACUAUCAUGCAAGGCGGCGUGGCUGCCCAGUUCGUUCUAGAUGGGAGCACCAAGACGCUGUCAAUACCUCGGCAAAAAGAGAUCGAAGUCUCAUACAACUAUGGAGCUGAGGAAUGCUGGCUCCUCAGCGCAGCGAAAGGUUACGCUGAAACUGCUGCUAAUCGAGCCCUCACCGUUGAAUGCGUUUUGAUGCUCGUUAACUUCCAGAAGUUCAUUGUCCUUUGUAUAUGUGCUGUCCUAUCCCAAAUGGGAGCUUCCAAAGCGGCAUUGGUUGACAUUACGCGGAUCUGCUUUGGGGAUGUCAGCGAAGAAUAUGCUCUUCGCCUGUGGCGGACAGCUAUCUUCUUGAAUCAACUUGUUGACGGCCUCGGAUUUCGGGGGUGGGGAAAUCGUGCCAGUGAAUUGCUACUUAUCUGGAAUCGCCCACCGCCUUACUAUGUACAUUUGGCUUGGGCUCCGAAAGCGGCACUUGAAUAUCUUACUGCGAAUCUCUCUACCAAUUUACACACACAAGGUGUCGACGAACGGGAGGGUUGGACAAGCCUUUUCAUCCCGAGUUUGAUUUACAAUGUCCUGGGCCAGAAGAUCGAGUAA